UCUGAUUCUCCCACUGACGUUUCUGCGUUCAUAGCCGAAUCAUGAGUAAGAACUCCAUCAGCACUGACCAGGAGCUGCGUAAAGGCGAGUCCCUCGUCAGUGUAAAUGGAAACUUCAAAGCCAUCCUACAGGAAGAUGGCAACUUUGUCGUCUACAAGUGGUCUCCUAUCUGGGCCACAGCCACAAACGGCAAAAACCCUGCGCGGCUCCUCCUGCAGGGGGAUUCCAACCUGGUCCUGUACACCCAGGACGAUAAACCAGUUUGGAGCUCUGGAACCGUUAAACCCGACAACAGGACCAUGCGCCUGACCCUGACCAACGAUGGUCGUCUGGUUGUUACAAGGAAUGGAGCACAAAUCUGGUGCUCUUAA